CCAGAUUGAUUCUCUUACAUUAACAAAAUUCCAAAUAAUUUCUGAUCCAACUACUGAUGUGUCAACAGCUUCUACUGAGGUAUAGCACAUAAAUAGAACGAAUGUGCUUGACAUCGUAGCGGCUAUAUUCAUGUAUCAUAAUCUACAUGCACCAACCUGAGUCCCACAGGACCAUAAGUGCACAGAUGUAUGUUCAACAGAUUGACAUGCAUGUCCUAACAGAAAUGCAAGGAUUGACCCAUAGUUUUUAUCAACUUACAGGUUGCUCAGGCCAAAGAUGUCUCAACACUUGACCAAGAAGAAUGUGCAAAUUUCUUGUCGGAUUGUGGCCUGGCAGUGGUAUUAACUGUAAGCCUAAUCUUAUCUUAAUUGAUUCCUUCUAUUAAAAAACCGCUUUGUGACAGAACUGUAAAAGCAUUUUUCAAAUUGUAUUUUCUGUUCAUAGAAUGACAACAAAAUGAGGGUUAUCCAAGGGAUGAUAAUUCAUGAUGUCAUAAGCCGACCCAAAAUCGUCUUAGAUCAGCUGGGAGAGGGAUUGGCUGUACUUGGCUUUCGUGCCAAAAUGAGAGAGUACCCUGAGAUGUUUGAGGAGCUUUUUGUGCCAAGCAAUAAGAGUAGGUUAACUUCAACUCAGCUGGUUGAUAUGCUAGAGUUUCCAGCUGAGAUGUGUGAAAAUGACAGAAUUGUAGCGAAUUACCUUAAACAGUUCCUGCAUAAUGCAGAAGUUGAAAUGUUGGAAAAUUUUGUCUUUUUUGCCACUGGGUCCACCUCUCUGCCCACCUUUGGGCUUGCUAAAAUCAAGAUUAAAUUUGACAACACUCCUUCCAUUUUUGCUUCCACGUGUUUGCUUUCAUUAACUCUUCCAAAUCACUUUGAAAGCGAAGAAGCUUUCAGUUCAUCGCUGAAAGCAGUCAUUGCUAGUUCUGCAAGGAAAUCGUUUAACUGUGUGUGAUUAGUCUUAACAGCUAAUCCAAGGUCUUUUAAAGUGAUGUUGUGUUUUGAAAGGAGUAUUUCCUAACUUUUUUAGAGACAUAUUUAUUGACUGAUACUUGGCAUUUGCCACUGUAACAUUUUAAGCAUAUGAAAAAGUAUUUCAAGCAUAUCUCAUUGGUGAUAGAACGUUAUAGUUAUUGUUCAUGGUAUUUUGCCACUGAUACUUGGCAAUUGCCAUUGUUAUUACAUUUUAUGCUUUGAAGAGGUAUUUGUUCCUGCCCAUAAAGUUAGCCCUUCAAGGUUUAGAGUUAACGUUUAACUUGACAUGCGAUACAGGCUAUCCAUAAGAACUCAGAAACUAAACAAUCUUUUAGGGCUUUUUGUUUGGAAGCUAAUUAUCCUCCAAUAGCUAGGCCAUUUGCACUAAGAAGUCACGUGACAUCUUUUAGAUGAAAAUGAAAGUUAUAUGAUUUUGCCUCAAGAAAACAAUUAGUGGGUCAUAGCUUCAACAAAAUAAAAGUAAUUAGGUUUUUCAACCUGCACCAUUUCCUUAAUGAGUAAGUUCGUGGCUGGUCACAUGACCAGAAUUAUGUGCUCUGUCAAUUUUGGCAUCGGCAAGAUUCCAACUCAUUGUUCAAAGGAAGCAUUAGUCACGUUACCUCUUAGUGUAAGUGGCCUAUUCUUAUUGAAAAGUCCAUCUCCAAACUUUUGCACUGAAACAUUGACAUUGUUGCUGUUCAUGUUCAUAAAGGGAAGUACCUUUAUCCCCAUGUUAUUUCUUAAUAUAGUGUUUUGCAUGAAACAAACUUUUUUUUGCAAUUGGCCAAAAUGACUGAUUAGCUUGGAACCCUUAGAAUGCAAUGUACAAUACAUGUAUUAAACAUAGUCCUUCCUUUUUCCAUACUGUCUCUUGUGUUUGUAUUAAGUAUCAGUCAUCAAUAAUUAAUGUGGAACAUGCAAGUGUAACAUUUUUUUCUAUUAUUUGUUUUCUGCGCAAUUAGUUUAUAGCUCUUUUCGUCCUUUCAUUUGGUUUAUUUGCACAAUUAAGUUUUUAUUCCUUUCUGUCAGUUUUCGCCGCCCUCGUUAGCGUUUCUUUGCUGUUUCAUCAUCGUUAGCACCUUUCUAAGUUUCUAUAGUUUUAUUUUCUGCAUAUUCUAUGAUAGUUUUGCAGUAUAGUUUGGUCUCAGUUGAUUUUGGUCCACGGUUAGUGCAGUUCUGAUUAGUUUUUGCCAGUCUCUUCGUGUUAUCCGCAAUUCACUGCACAGCAGUUUUCUCUGUCCGAAACAAUGUAAGUCAGUGUACUUCACAGUCCUUGUUUUUGCAGGCUUUUUAUUUCUUUAUUCUGAUUUUCCUUUGUCACAACUUGUAAUUUUUGCUCUCUUCCUGUUUUAGUUUCACCACGUAUUUUAUUUCAAGUACCAAGCACGUCAGUUACAAUAAAUCUUGGUGUGUGGUCUGUUAUUAAAGGCCAUGAGACUAUUACGCUUAUUGCAGUUACAAAUGGCUAUAGCUAUGGAUUAAUUUAUAAUCAGUACAAUUCAAAACAUGGACCUAAAUGUCCUGCUUU